AUGAUAAUGUCCGCAGCUUCCCUCGUCGAACCUUUCUUCAGACCCGAAUCCGUCCCACAGGCGCCGAACGACCCUCUCUAUUCUCUAGUCAGUGCGUAUGACGCCGACGAGUCAGAGAAGAAGGUCGACCUGGGCGUCGGAGCUUAUAGGGAUGAUAGUGGACGACCGUGGACACUUCCUGUUGUCAAGAAAGCUGAGCAUUUCUACCACAAUGAUGACAAGGUAGAUCAUGAAUAUCUCCCGAUUGCAGGGCUUCCCGACUUCAAUUCUGCAUCACGAAGGCUCAUCUUGGGAUCUGAUUCACCGGCCAUUGUGGAAAACCGAGUUGGUGUACCCUUUCCAGACCCCCCGGGCCUCCCAAUAUCUAACAACGAGAGGCAUGUACAUUUCAGGCAAUUUCAGGCACUGGGGCGGUCCACUUCGGUGGUCUCUUCCUCUCAAAGUUUUUUCCCUUGCUCGACACCGACGAUCUACGUAUCGACUCCCUCGUGGCCUAUUCACAACCAAGUGUUCGAAAACGUCCGUCUAAGCGUCCACUGGUACCCCUACUUCAGCGAGAGGACGAGACUUCUUGAUUUCGAAGGGAUGAUGUCUCGCAUCAAGUCCGCUCCCAGGGGCAGUAUAGUCCUUCUUCAUGCCUGUGCGCAUAAUCCGACCGGUGUCGACCCGACAGAAGACCAAUGGAGGCAAAUUGCGAAGCUUAUGCAGACAAACGGCCUGUUUCCAUUCUUCGACUGCGCCUACCAGGGCUUCGCUACUGGGGACCUUACACGGGACAGUUUUGUCAUUCGCCAUUUCGUCGAGCAAGGCUUCGAACUGCUGGUUGCUCAAUCGUUUGCCAAAAACAUGGGGCUCUAUGGCCAACGGGUUGGGGCACUCCACUUUGUGGCUGCUCCGGGACCGCAGGCACAAGAAACGGCGAAGCGGGUUGCAUCGCAGCUGAGUAUCUUGCAACGAUCCGAAAUUUCCAGUCCACCGAUCUACGGUGCCAAAAUAGCUUCGACGAUACUGAACGACGAGCGACUCUUCUCGGAAUGGGAGAGAGACCUCCAAACCAUGUCUGGCCGGAUCAUCGAAAUGAGACAGGCGCUGCAGCAGGAGUUGAAGCUCCUACGAACCCCGGGGCAGUGGGAUUUCAUCACCAACCAAAUCGGGAUGUUUACCUAUACGGGGCUCAGCAGACAGCAAGUGCUCGAGCUGCGGGUGAAAUGGCACGUCUAUAUGGCAGAAACCGGGAGAAUCAGUAUGGCCGGUCUCAAUACCGGUAAUGUCAAGUACUUCGCUCGAGCCGUCGAUGAUGUGGUUAGGAGGAUGGAGAAGGCUUGA